AUAUUCUUUUAAGGGCAUUUGGUAUCCUAACAAAGCUGCACUAUCUUACAACAGAAGAAGCAAGCAUGACUGACAAAACAUUUGUAGACGAAAUUGAGAAAGCCCUGGAAAAAUCCAAAGGCCUUAAUCUCAAGGAGCUUCUGUUUUGCUAUCAGGGGACCUGCUAUCCCUCUACUGUAUGCAGCCCAGAAACAUUCCAAGCCCUGGAGAAUUUUGAAGCCAGAAAAGAUGACUUGGUGUUGGUGUCUUUUCCCAAAUGUGGUACUAAUUGGCUUAUUCAAAUUGUGAAUGAUUUGAUUGUCACAACAUUGCAAACUAAGCAUGAGAAUGCAGAAUUGCCUUUCAUUGAAUGUGGAGACCCAGACAAGUUUCAGAGGAUGAAACAGUUUCCAUCUCCAAGGAUUGUGGCCACUCAUCUCAAUUACAACCGGCUUCCAAAGUCCAUCUUUGAAAAUAAAGCCAAGAUACUGGUGAUGUUUCGAAAUCCUAAAGAUACAGCUGCAUCGUUGUACCAUUUUCAUAAUAAUGCUCCAAGCGUUCCAAGUUAUGACUCUUGGGAGGAGUUCUUUUCAGAAUUUAUGAAUGGGAAAGUGGUCUGGGGAUCUUAUUUUGACCAUGCCGUUGCAUGGAACAAACACAUCGAUGAUGAAAAUGUUCUGCUGCUGACCUAUGAAGACUUAAAAGAGGACUUGCUUACUGGAGUCAAGCAAAUUGCUGAGUUUUUUUGUUUUGCUCCUACGCUGGAGCAAAGUCAGGCAAUUGCAGAUAGAGCUUCUUUCCAAGUGGUGAGGGAGAGAUCAAAGGAGACGCAUGGUGCAGCUGGUCCACUCAUCUUCCGGAAAGGUAUAGUAGGUGAUUGGAAGAGCCUUUUCAAUGAAACACAAAACCAGAAAAUGGAUGCAAAAUUUAAGGAGUGUUUAGCAGGAACAAAACUGGAAGCAAAACUUAAGUACGAUGUGUACUGCAAAGCCGGCUGAAUGUGUGAAGAGGUUCAUUUUCAUUAACAUUUUCUUUCAUAUGCGCAAGAAAAACCAAAAUCAGAACACACAUUUCUCUGUGGCAGUUUUCAGAGACCUGCAAUACUCUGUAGUGUCAGAUUUCUAGGAUGCAUUUUUCUUAAGUUGGGCCUUAAGAAGAUACUCAGUAGAGCACUGGAUAACCUGUACCUUCCAGAGAGACUAGGAAUAUCUCCAUCACGGAAAAGAAGGUGAUGAUGAGUAGGACAGAGAGGUGUCAACUUGUAGAUUUUGCCUGUUUCUCUGAGAACCAGCAAGAGGGGAUAAAGCUGCAGUUCUUCCUCUGAUGUUCUUCCACAGGCUGCUUUUAACCAUUCUGUGUUUCCACGUGCUGCAGACAAAUUACUGUUGACUACUGCAGUCGAGACAGCUAGGGGAUAAAACCUGUGGAGGAAUAAUAGAAUCAUACAGUUGGAAGAGACCCCAAGGGCCAUCAAGUCCAACCCCCUGCAAUGCAAGAGCACACAAUCAGAGCACUCCUGACAGUUGGCCAUCCAGCCUCUCUUUAAAAAC